AUGGCCUCAUCUUCUGAAUCAUCUGCGAAGCAUAAGAAGGAAAAGAAGAAGGACAAAGGCAAGAAGGAUAAAAGUGAUAAAAAGAAGAAGAAGGAGGAGAAAAAGUUAAAAAAGAAACAGAAAAAAGACCGAGAGGAGGAACUACAGAGACAGAGUUUUGAAGCUGCUCUAGCAGCUGCAGCUAGAGAGCGCGAAAAAGAAAAACAGGGCAGUGCAGACAACAUGGAAAAGAAAGACUCGAAGCUUACAAACAAGAGGACAAACGAAGAGAGAAAAAAGGAGAAGAAGCAAGAUCAGGAGGACUCCAAAAAGCAGAAGCCUGCAGUACCACAAAAAGGCUCAGGUGAAACCUCAAUUAUAGAUGCCUAUUCCUAUGAUCCCACCAAGAAAGCAUCUGGCGACUAUUCGAAGCCAGAUGCACUGUCGCUAGCAAAUUCUGGUCUGGACAUUCAGAGAGCGAUCUAUCAACAAGACCGUAGUGAGUACACUCCGGAGCAAUUGCGGCGUGCUGAUCAGCUGGCAAGGAUGAGCUUCUUCAUUUGCAAGUAA